AUGCCCCCCUCGCCGGCCGGCCGGCUCCCUCCGGGCCCCUCGCCGAGGCUGGUGCUCCUCCCGGUGGUCCUCGCGCUGCUCACCCUGCCACUGCUGAUGCUGCCCCCGUUGGCCGGCGCCGUGCCCGCCUUCCACACGGUAUGGCUCCUCGGCAGCCAGGCAUCCCCCACACAGGCCGAGGACAUUCGCUUCUGCGACUUCUUCCACCAGGGCCGACUGGCCGUCGGCGGCCCGGAUGGCUUCGAUGAUGUUGCCUACGUACAGACGCACUUUUCCGUGCGCACCAGCCCGGAGGCCAAGCGCCGGGGCGACUUCAUCGGCUCGCGCCCGGUGCGCUUCAUGGCCGGCGCACUCGGCCCGGUGGCCUGCUUCACCGACUACCCCUUCGCCCUGGGAGGACCCACCGACCUUUGGAUGAACCGAAAUAUGCUGUACAGUCCGUCGAACUCCUUCGACUCGCUGGUCAUCCUCGGCACCCAUGCCAUCCUCAUGAAUGCCGACAGAUCGGAUUCGCUCACCCUCACCGGGCAUGGCCAUGUGGCAAUCUUCGACCGGCGUUCCCCUCCGCGCAUCGGGACGCUCAUUUUGUCCCUCCACCAGGGCUCGGUCCAGCUGGACCAGGUCGACUCGCGCUACGGCUCGCCCCCUCGGGAUUCCUUCGGCCUGGUGGGCCUGACCUUGCUGACGGCCACCGACCUGGAUGACGAUGGCUUGGUCGAUGCCGUGGUGGUGGCCGCCACCGACCCCCUGCUCCCGGGCGCCGGCCAAUCCAUCUAUUGGCUGUCCAAUGUGGCCCAACCCCGGGGGGCCCACCCGCUGGCCGACCUGACGCUGCUGUACCGGCUGCCGGCCGGCUUCCGGGCCGGGCAAAUUGCCGUCGGCGACUUCGACGGCGAUGGCCACGCCUCGGACCUGGCCGUGGCCUCCGGCCCGGGGUCCUCCAUCCCCGAGCAGGUGGUGUUCCUCCUUUCCUCGGACUUCGCCGCCCCGGUGCACUUGUCCCUCGGCGACAUGGCCGCCGAGGAUCCGGCCCUGGCGCAAGUCCCCCUGACUGCGCGCCAGCCCAAGAUCGCCCCGGCCCCGGGGCUUGCCCCGGCUCCUGGCUCUCCCGCACACGCCAGCCUCAUUGUGGCCCACGGAAGCCGCGUGUGGCUGAUCCCGGGCCCCGUGCAGCCGACCGGCGGCCCGGCCUCCCCCCCGCUGGACCUGUCGGCUGUCGCCGCCUCCAGCCUCCUGCCGGACUUCCCUUCAGCCAGCAGCGUCUGGUGGUCGGUGGCCACCGGGGACUUCGACGGGGAUGGUCACCUGGACCUGGCCCUGGCCCAUGGAUCCAUGGCGGGCCAGGUGUUGCUCCUGUCGCAGGUGCACGCCUCGCCCUCCUGCCUUUGUGGGCCUCACGCCGAAUGCCGCCCCGCAUCCGGAGGCUUCUUCCACCCGCCGACGUGCCAUUGCCUGAGCCCCAACGCCGAUCCCGGGACCGAUUUUGCCCCAUGCGAGUUUUGCCGCGCCGGCCACUUCCCCUCGACCGGAGGACUGUGCCAACCGUGCCACACUUCGUGUGCCUCCUGCAUCGGACCCGGGCCCAACGAGUGCCGGUCCUGCCAUGGGGCCAUGCUGCUGCAGGGCGGGGCUUGUGCCUCGCCGGUCACGCCCGCGGUGCUGGUCACCCGCGUGCCCCCCGGCACUCAGGCCUUCUACGAGGCCACCCCGGCCGGGGGCUUCGCCAGCUCCACCAAGGUCUUUGACACGGUUCUGCCCGUCUGGACCGACAGCCCCACCUACACACAGCAAUAUCUCCUCGAGGGACAUAUCCGCAUCCGUCAGCGGUUUUCCCUCAUGCCCACCUCCGAGGGGCUGUCCCUCUUCCAGGGCCUGCUCCAUGUCAGCGAGGUGUCCUUCCGGCGCAGCUCCCUGCAUGGUGGCUUCCAAAUCGCGGAGACCCCCGCCAGGGGUCGCUCCUCGCGGCCGCUGGCCAAGUACAACCGGAAGAUCCCCUACUUCGUGGAGGGCAGCCUGCUGAAGCAUUGCACAGAGCCCGACCGGGCCAGCGGCUGCCACCGCAUCCAAGAAGGGUCGGCGCUCAACCACGAUCACAUCACUGUCGGCCGUGUGGCCGGCGACCCGGGGCCCCAGGCCCUCGUGCACGUGUACCGUGGGCCCGCCUUCCUCCACCGCCAAGUCACCAACGACACCCUUGUCUCGGUCCAUUGGGCCGCCGUGGACAAUGACUUUGGCAUUGAAACCAUGGUGGUGUUGAGCCAUUUGCCGCCCGAGCGAAGUGGCACUGGCAGUCCCUUCGACCCGGCGGCCCGGUGCCAGCUCCUCUGGUUCCCCUUCCAGGCCUAUGACCGGGAGAGCUUGCCGGCCCUCCCGGCGGAGGUCCUCCACCCGGACCUGCCCUGUGGCCAGCUUAUCCCGGUGAUGGCCGGCCCGGCCGAUCGGCGCCCGGGCUUCCUGCUUGUUCCCUAUAGCCCGGACUCGCACACCGGGGCCGUGCUCUUCCUCCUGCGCAAUGUGGCCAUCGGGUCCACCGCUCGGCCGGACUUCCCGGCCCCGGUGCCCCUGCUCACCCUACUGGACCUGGGCCGAGACCCGGGGCCCUCGGGCACCGGGCACCUGGCCGCCGUGUCCGAUCCCCUGGCCAUGGGCCCGGGCCAGGCGCGGAUCUUCCUUUGGACCGGCAACUGGCUGCACCGGCUGGAUCUGCUCUUCGACCAGGGCGCCGAGCCUGCAGCCACCCAUGCGGUCCAUGUCCAACACCAGCCCCUGGUCCCGCGGGUGUCCUUCGCCCCGUGGAUCGGCCAGCCGGUGGUGCUGGCCGUGCUGGACAUUCACCAGACCCUCCGCUCGCAGGUGGCCCUCAUCGGCCGGAGCAACUUCAUCGGGGCCCUCUUCCACCAGAGCGACGCGGAGAAUGGCUGCGGCUGCGGCCUCCUGGGCCGGUGCACACCACACGACGACUGGCAUCCGGGGCCCCCCUGCUCGGAGGACGCCUCGGGCGCCGAAGUCCCCGCGCCCGGGUGCCUGCAUCGGGCCACCGGCCUGCUGGUGGAGGACCUGUGCGAGUGCAUCCCGGGCGUCUCGACCCCGGGACACUCGUCGGCGGACCUCUGCUCGCCCUGUGACCCGGCAUCCGGUGUCUCUUCCCCCGCGAAUGCAAGUGCCACCCGUGCCCGGCCCGCCAAGGCCGACACCCCCGGGGCCUCCUCUUCCCGGGCCCCCUCGCCGGGCCAGGAAGCCCCAGCCCCAUCCAUCCAGCAGUCAUCCUGCCCCGGCUGCCCGGACCCCGGGUGUCGCCUUUGCCAGGGGGCCCAAUGCAUCGACUGCCAGCCGGGGCUGGUGCUGACGGAGGACGGCCGGUGUGCCGGCCAGUGCGACCGGCCGGAUGCCCCGCUGGUGGCCGGGCGCCAGUGUGACACCCCCCGCCCGGGGGACGUCUGGACCAUUGCCCGACGUGUGACCCUUCACCCGGCCUGGGCCGCCAUGGAGCCCCUUCAGGUGUCGCGUCUGCGGGUUGUCCACUCGUCGGCCGGCGAUCGCGGGCUCGUCAUGGCUGCCGGGUAUUCCCUGCACCUGGCUCACACCCGGCUGGAGGAUGGCCAACGCCAAGAUUGGACCGUGUCCGCGGGGCAGCUGCUUCCCAAUGCCCGCCCAGCCGAGCCGCGAGCCAUUCCCCUGAAUGAGGCCAUGGACUCCAUGCGCCGCUACUGCCGCGGGCCCAACUUCGAUCCCCCAUUCAUCCACAGCCUCGCCGAGCCGUCGCCCGAGGACCCGGGCCACAUGCCGGACCAGAGCGCCAGUCCGCCGGGACCGGCACAUGCCCCUUCCCCCGACUCGCCGGGCCUCUUCACGGGAGGCCUUUCCAUCGGCCGGUCGCCCCGCCGGAGCAUCACUACUGCCAGCAGCAUGUCCCCGGAUCCCUCCCACCUGGGCCUCGGAGCGGACCUCACCUGGGACACCCUCACCAUCGAGGACGUCUCCCGCCCGUCGAUGAUCAUCCGGAUGCCCUGGUUCGGGGACCUGGCCCAUGCCCCGCCGCCGCCGCCGCCGCCGCCGCCGCCACCCUCGCUCCUCCGAUCCACCCCCCCGACGGACACGAGCGCCCCCGGGCCAAGGACUCCGGCCGGGCUGCCUUGGGCGCCGGCCGCCACAUCCGCCACCCCGCCGGCCGGGCUCUCCUGGCAAGCCAUCAGCCACAAGGGCAAUGCCCUGCCGGUGCAUUUGACCCUGGCCCGGGGCCCUCCCCCGCCCAGUGUGGGCAUUGAUCCUCCGACCCCGACCCGGGUGUGCACUUUGGCCGGCCAGCCGAUCGCCGUCCAAUCGCACGUGCAAUUGGCCAGCAUCCAGUCGGUGUCCCUGCUCGACCCCAGCUCGGCCCUGAUGGCCCAUUGCCAGGUGGAGGCCCUGCCAUUGCCGUACCCCCUGGAGGAGGUGUUCCUCCAGCCGGCCCGCCUUGCCCGGGGCAUGGCUCCCAGCAUCCUGCGACUGGUGCGCGUGGCGCCGGAUGCCACCUCGCCCGAUGACUGGCGCGAUGUCAUCCUCCUGGCUCCUGGCAUCCUGGCCGACAGCUACCUGUCCGAUGGCCAGUGCCAGCGGGUGGUGGUUGAACUGCCCCGACCGGGUCCCGGGGCCCUGCCCCGGAGGCUGCACAGCACCAUGUUGGGCUCGGUUUCCGGCACCUCGGACCUCCUGCAUGUGGAGUCCAUCCAAGACCUGAUCCCUUGGCACCCGGUCCGCCAGCCGGCCAUUUUCUUUGUCGCAAUCAAUUGGUCUUGCGCCUGGCUGUUGGACCCCUCCGACCGGCACAUCACCAAUGUCGUCUUCGUGGCGACCAACCACGCCAGCUACAACGAGGUGGCCCUCCUCCGGGCCGAUGGCCAGCCCAAUAGCAUCACCCUGCUGGACUUCAUGUGCAUCAUGCAGCAUCACUGCCAGCGCCUGGUCCACCCCGGCCAGGCUGCCGCGGCCGGCGCCUUUGCCAGCCCCAUGACCCGGGUCCCGGCCACGCCGGCCCGCCCCGGCCAUGGCCCUGCCACGGCCACCACCCAGCCGGGCCAUCGCCAUGACUACGGCUGCGACAUGGUCAACCUCGAAAGUGACCCCAUCAAUGAGGAUGUCGACCUCCAGACGCAUGACCUGGAUGGCGACAACAAUGCGGACUUCGUCCUGGUGUAUCGGCACACCGGGCGCAUUGUGGCCUACCUGGCUCAGGACAGCCGGCGGUCGGCCUUCCGUCGCGUGGUCAUCCGCCCGGGCCGCGCCACAGCCACCAUGUCCACCGACGGCACCCCCCCGCCGACCAUCUUCCUGGCCGAUGUCAAUCAAGAUGACCAUGUGGAAGUGGUGGUGCUGGAGCACUCGCCCGACGGGCAGGCCAGUCUCACGGUCAUGGCCCGAGCCGACCAGGCCCAGCACUGGUGUCCCUCGGAUGCCCCCUUCGACCGGGCCAGCGGCCAGUGCACCUGCCUCGGGGCCGGGCGCUUCAUCAGCCCCCUGACCGAUCGGUGUGAGUGUGUGGAGCACGCCGUCCCGGAGCCCGGCCCGGGGGCCGACAAUUGUGCCUGCCCGGCCGGCAUGCAGGUCGGCCCGUCGGCCUGCACCUGCCAGCCGGGCCUCCUGCCGGUGGCCAACGACUCCACCGGGCUCGGGGUGUCCCCGCCCCGGUGCGAGGCUUGCCAUGGCAGCUGCGCCACCUGCUCGGCCAUGUGGCCGGGGCUGUGUGCCACCUGCCCCGAUGGGCAGCUCCUCCAGGCUGGCAUCUGCGUGGCCGAGUGCGGGCCCGGCUUCGGGCCCGGGCCCGAUGGCCGACAGUGCCUCGCAUGCGCCGCCUCCUGUGCCUCCUGCCUCGGGCCCAGCCCCGGCCAAUGCACCGCGUGCUCGGGAAAUCGCUUCCUGCCGGCCGGCCUGCCCGGGGCCUGUCGGCCCUGCGACCCGGCAUGCGACCGGUGCCUCGGCGCCACGGCCGCCGACUGCCUGGCCUGUGCGGCCGGCUGGCUGCGGACCCCGGCCGGCGCGUGCGUGCGCUCCUGCCCCGACGGCACCGGCAUCUCGUCCUCCGAUGCCAAGCAGUGUGCCCCGUGCGCCGACGCCGGCUGCCUGUCCUGCGUCACCGACCAGGCCGGGGCCCUCUGCCGGGCCUGUGGCCCCGGCCUCCAGCUCGAUGACUCCGGCACCCAGUGCCUCCAGUGCCACGCAUCGUGCGCCACCUGCGGCGCCCCCGGCCCUGGCGCGUGCUUGACCUGCGCCCCGGGGCUCAUGCUCCACCAGGACACCUGUGUGGGCGCCUGCCCGCCGGGGACCCAUGCCGCGGGGGCCGCCUGUGACGCAUGCGCCCCGCGCUGCGCCACCUGCUCCGGGCCCCUGUCAACGGAUUGCCUCUCCUGCCCGGCCGGCUGGGCGCUUCAGCAGGACAAUGCCUGCCUGCCGGACCCCUGCCCGGCGUGCGCCUGCGACGAUGCCGCCUGCGCCGCAUGCAGCCCGGACGACCCGGCCCUCUGCCUGGUGUGCAUGCCCGGCUGGCUGCUCCUGCCCGGCAGCCACACCUGUGUCGAGGCCUGUCCGGAGGCCAUGUUCCCGGCCGCCAGCGGCGAUGCCUGUCUCCCUUGCCAUGGCUCGUGUGCCGAGUGCUCCGCGCACCGGUCGAACGCCUGCACCGCCUGCCCCCCGGCCCGGGUCCUGGAUCGCGGGUACUGCCGCCCGGCCUGCCCGGCCUUGGGCUUCUUCCAGCAGGGCGGCCGGUGCAUUCCCUGCCACGAGUCCUGCCUGUCGUGCGCCGGGCCCGAGGCCCACCAAUGCCACCUGUGUCCCCGGUCGCAUGUCUUCCACCAAGCGCGCUGUCUGGACAGCUGCCCGCCAACAAGCACCCCGCUGGCCGGCGCGUGCGUCCCCUGCGACACCUCCUGUGCCGAGUGCCACGGCCCGACAGCCGGCCAAUGCUCCGCCUGCCCAAUGCCCCGGCCCAACCUCUGGGAGGGCGCCUGCAUGGGGGCCUGCCCCGAGCGGACCUUCCCCGACGGGGGCACCUGCCUGCCCUGCGGGCCCUACUGCCUCGCCUGCGCCGGCCCCGCCGGCCAGCAAUGCUCCCAGUGUGCCGGGGAUCUGGCCCUGCAUCCGGCACACGGCUGCCUGGCCACCUGCGGCCGGGGCUACCUGGCCUCGGGGAAGAGCUGCCUCCCCUGUGCCCCGGGAUGCCAGCAUUGCGAGGGCACCGCCGACCACUGUGUCCAAUGCCCGGACGGCAUGCUCCUCGGGCGCCACCCGGGCACCUGUGUGGCCGCAUGCGAGCCCGACGAAUUCCCCGACCUCUCUUCGCCGCCCUCGGCGCGCUGUGCACCCUGCCAUCGGGACUGCACCUCCUGCCAGGGGGGGCCUCAGCCGUGGCACUGCCUCGGCUGCCGGCCGGGAUCGGCCCUCUUGCCGGGCACCGGGUGCCUGGCCUCCUGUCCGGAGGGCUUCUUCCAACGGGAGGCCCUCACGCCCGGGCAGCAUGAGUGUGUGGCCUGCUCGGCCCCCUGCGCCAGCUGCACCGGGCCCGAGGCCGGCCACUGCACCGGCUGCAUCGACGACCGGCUCCUGCUGCUCGGCCCCGGGGGAUGCUUGCCCCUCGGCACGGACACCUGCCCGGCCGGUUGGCACACGGACGCCGCUGGCCGACGCUGUCUGCCCUGCUCCUCUCCCGGGUGCCUGGUGUGUGGCAUGUCGCCCGACGACUGUGAGCAAUGCCAGCCCGACCUGCUGGCCGUCCGGCUGGCGGACCGCCACCCGACCGACCAUGCCCCGGUCGGCUCCGGGCCGCGCACCUGCGUCGACACCUGCCCGGAUGGCUGGUUCAUCUCGACAGGCACCGACGACGCGUGCGCCCCCUGCGACAUGACCUGUGCCACGUGCCUCGGCCCCGGGCCCGACGGCUGCCUGACCCCCCACUGCGAGUCGCCGGGCGGCUGUCCCAAGCAAAAUUCGCGCUGGCUUGUCUUGGCCAUCGCCCUGCCAUUGGGCCUGCUGCUGUUGCUCCUGGUUGCGCUGGCGGCUCUCUGCCUGCUGUGGCGGCAGCGCCGCCCAAGCGCCCUCAAGCAAUCUGACGCCAUCCCCAUGGAGCAUCUCGGCCAGUCGGAGGAUAUGACCGUCAUGAAUACCAUGCUCGAAAUGUCCCUCCCCGGGCACCUGCUCCUCUGCGCAGAGACCGAUUACCGCCUGGAACACCAGCAGCAGCCCCUGGGCUCCGGGGCCCAGGCGGUGGUGUUGCCCUGCACCCUGCUCCGACCGGAUCUGGCUUCGCUGGCUGGCGGGUCGGCCGGCGCCGUCAAGAUGAUCCCCGCUGACUCGCCGGCUCGCGCGCACUUCGAGUCGCUCCUCGACCAGGAGAUCGCCAUUUUGGGCCUGCUCCUGGCCAACGACGGGUCGCCCUUUGUCUGCCGGCUGCUUGGGUACUCGGCCGCCCCGGCCCAGGCGCUGGUCAUGCCGCACUAUCCCGGGGUCCUGUCUAGCCUGCUCUGGCCCUCGUCCCUGCCGCCGGGCCAGAUCCUCGGCCUGGCGGCCGAUAUCGCCACGCCGUCGAGCGAGCUGCCUCGCGCCGUGAUGGCCGACCAGCGCCCAGACAGGGACCUGUCCACCGGCGAGCCGCGGAAGCUGGUGCCCGUGGUCUCGUCAGCCUCCUGGCUGGAGCCCUAUUGCCAGGCGUACCGCCGGGCCUGGUCCACCAACCCCGACGACCGCCCCACGGCCGACGAACUGGCCGCCACCUUGGGCCAGCUCCAAGCGCCGCUCUGA